AUGGGCCCGAGAUUCUUGGCUUUUGGUGGUGGCGAGGACUCGCACGGUCCGCCUCAGAGACGAGCAAACCACAAUCCCGAUGAAGCUGUUCCACGAAUUAAGAGAUGGGCUCCCAAAGUCAGAACUGGCUGUAUAACCUGCAGAGCUCGCCGUGUAAAGUGCGAUGAGACUAGGCCAGCUUGCACGCGAUGCGUAUCGGCCAAGCGAAAAUGCGGCGGUUACCUGACAGCGACUACGCCGCCGCAACAGUCCUCGCCUGGAGCCUGCAUCUCUGAGCAGCCUUCGUUAUCGUCGGCUCCUCAUGGGCAUAAUCCAACCGAUCAGGAGAGGCAAUUCUUUCACCUCUUGCAGACACUGACCGUGCGCCAGGUCAAUGGUGGAAUAAAAUCAGACUUUUGGACCAAGAAUCUCUUACAGGCUACAUAUGUCUAUCCCGCCAUUUGGCACGCGGCACUGGCACUGGCGGCCAUGUAUCAGAGAGCUUACAUUCUACACAACGGAGGAGACUCUCGCGCUGCAAAAGAACAUAACAUGUUUGCCAUUCAGCAGCACCUCAUCUCAUUCAGGUUCAUCAUCGCCAUGAAUCACAGCAAAGUGUCUGGAGCGGAACAGGAAAUGCUGCUCACGGCCAGUGCGCUGUACACUGGAAUAUGUUUGCUGCGUGCUGACCUCAAUCAGGCUCGCAUUCAUGCGGCGAGUGCUGCGAAACUCUCCAAGCAGUGGAAUUUUUUGGACGACGAGGCAGAGCAUCAAGCCACAGAAGGCGUCAUCGGCCGAGAAAACACGAAGCAACUCCUUCGAGACGUCUAUCAUUCCUUUCACUCGAUUGCCAGCUUCUCUGAAGACAUUGCCGCUCACUUUCAGGCGUCAGUCUGGCACAUUAUGGAGCCGUUUGCCUCUGUCGACGAGGCGUACUACGCUUACCUGAAUAUUCAUUCAGGAUGGGCCAAGAUCAAGAGUUGGGAGCCAGAGCAUUGCGGCACGCGUGGGGCAUCUCCUUCACCCGGCCAAAUGCAAGUGCGACAGCACGCGCUCAACCUGUGGAUGAUUCGUUUCGAAGGUUUUUUGCAGCUAGGCAACUAUCAGAAAGAGGAUAUUUAUACUAUUGAACUGUUGCAGCUGUUUUGUCUGUUUGAGGAGACCUUUGACAUGAUCAUGAUACACCGCACCCCAGAGAUGUGGGCCAAGAAUGCGCACAAAUGGGAGCGCAUUGUCAAGACGGCGGAGCGUCUGCUCGAGAAGCAAAAGGGUUGCGGCGAGUCUAGCGUUUCGACGCGGGGCAUUUUCUACUACUCGCUCUCUGUGCAGGAAGUAUUGCGCAUGACGGGGUUCAUCUGUCGAAGCGGCGCCAUACGACGUCGCAUCAUCAAGCUCUUGCAGCAAUGGCGACACUGUGACGGGUUGUGGGAUAAUGAAACCUCGUGGAAGCUGGUCGAGGCCAAGAUGAUUAUAGAAGAAGAAGCUCUGGCGGCAGAUGGACUGCUGUCGUGCGAAUGCGUGCCAGACGUCUUUUUUUGCAUGCAUCACCGCGUCGCGUACGUCAAGAUGGAAUUGCCAGAAGAGGGAGGUAUUCGAGCCCAUAUGAAGACUGGUGCAGAGCUCGAGCAGGGACUGCCAGGGAAGAAUUGGUGGAUUGAGCUAAAACGGUGA